AGGCUUGGCAAAGGUGCCCUCACCCAUGAAUCACUUUGUACCCAGCCCUGUUGGGGUGUGGGAAGCCCGGGAAUGAAAGGUGCCAGGUCCCUGGCAACCCGCUGGACAGGGGCUGAGAAGGUGUGGUGGAGAGCAGCCAUGGAACGGUCCGGCCCAUCCACGAGAACUUUCUCAGCUAAAACUGCCUCCUUCCAGGAUGCUGUGCGUGCCCUGAACACCCUGCAGACUAAUGCUGGCUACCUGGAGCAGGUGAAGCGCCAGCGGGGUGACCCUCAGACGCAGCUGGACGCGAUGAAGCUGUACUUGGCCCGGAGUGGGCUGCAGGUGGAAGACUUGGACCAGCUGAACAUCAUUCACGUCACUGGGACCAAAGGGAAGGGUUCCACUUGUGCCUUCACUGAACGUAUUCUCCGCAGCUAUGGCCUGAAGACAGGAUUCUUUAGCUCUCCCCACCUGGUGCAGGUGCGGGAGCGGAUCCGCAUCAACGGGCAGCCCAUAAGCCCCGAGCUCUUCACCAAGCACUUUUGGCACCUCUACCACCGGCUGGAGGAGACCAAGGACAGCAGCAGCUGUGUCUCCAUGCCCGCCUACUUCCGCUUCCUCACACUCAUGGCCUUCCACAUCUUCCUCCAGGAGAAGGUGGACCUGGCGGUGGUGGAAGUGGGCAUUGGUGGUGCUUACGACUGUACCAACAUCAUCAGGAAGCCUGUGGUGUGUGGCAUCUCCUCUCUUGGCAUCGACCACACCAGCCUUCUGGGGGACACAGUGGAGGCGAUCGCAUGGCAGAAAGGGGGCAUCUUCAAGCGUGGCGUCCCUGCCUUCACGGUGCUCCAGCCUGACAGUCCCCUGGCAGUGCUGCGGGACCGUGCCCAGCAGAUCUCGUGUCCUCUCUACCUGUGCCCACCACUCGAAGCCCUGGAGGAAGGCGGGCCGCCGCUGACCCUGGGCCUGGAGGGAGAGCACCAGCGGUCCAACGCCGCCUUGGCCUUGCAGCUGGCUCGCUGCUGGCUGCAGCAAAAGGGCCACCAGGGCCUCGGGGAGCUGAAGAUGUCUCGGGCCAGCGUCUUGCAGCAGAUGCCCCUGGCACCCGUGUUCCAGCCCACGUCCCACAUGCGACAUGGGCUUCGGGACACCGAGUGGCUGGGCCGGACGCAGACACUGCGGCGCGGGCCCCUCACCUGGUACCUGGACGGCGCGCACACCGUGAGCAGUGUGCAGGCCUGCGUGCGCUGGUUCCGCCAGGCGCUGCACCGCAGCCGGAGGCCGAGCCGCGGCCGUGAGGUGCGCGUCUUGCUUUUCAACUCCACUGGGAACCGGGAUUCCGCGGCCCUGCUGAAGCUGCUGCAGCCCUGUCAGUUUGACUAUGCCAUUUUCUGCCCUAACCUGACGGAGGUGUCAUCUGCUAGCAACGCAGACCAGCAGAACUUCAUGGUGACCCUGGACCAGGUGUUGCUCCGCUGCCUUGCACAUCAACAGCACUGGAGCCACCUGGAUGAGGAGCCGGCCAGCCUGGACCUCUGGAGCCCCACCAACCCGGAGCCUGGUGAUGAGCCCACAUCCUUGCUGCUGGCUUCCCACCCACGCCACACCCAUAGCACUGGCUCCCUCGUCUUCAGCUGCAUCUCCCAUGCCCUGCAGUGGAUCAGCCAAGGCCGGGACCCUGUCUUUCAGCCACCCAGUCCCCCCCCAGGCCUCCUUGCCCACCCUGUGGCUGGCAGUGGGGCUGGUGUGCUCCGAGAGGCUGCCGCCAUCCAUGUACUGGUCACAGGCAGCCUGCACCUGGUGGGCGGCGUCCUGAAGCUGCUGGAGCCUUCCCUAUCCCAGUAGCCCAGGCAGUGGGGUUGGAAGUGGGGGGGUCUCCCACGCCUGCCCUACAGCUCACCAUGAACUUUUGUUAGGUGCCUUUUGUUAUCUGCUUUUCUGAUUCUGUCCAGACUGGCCCGGGGUCCUGGGCUCUGGGCAGCAAGAUCCAGGGCUAGAAUGGGGAGGCCGAGAUGGGACAUCCUCUUGUCUGAGCCUAGGGUGCCUUGGGCCUCUCCCUCCUCCUGACUGAGACAGCCAGAGGGCUUCUUGGUUGUCCCACUGUCCCAAUAGGCUAAACUAUGCAGCCCCCCAUCCCUUGCUACCCUGCCUGCAUCCUGGCUCAGGCCCAGCUUACCGUGUGAGCUGCCUGGCCAGGCCUGGGGUCCUGCUGGGUGCUGGUUGAUAGAUUACCUCUUAGUGGCCUUCUGGGGAAGAGAGGGCUCCUGCCUGGGGCCCACCAGAGACAAAGGAUGGCUGGAGUCAAUUAAAGCCUUUAAGUUUUUCAAAAAGAAAUGGCAAAA